AUGAAACAGCCUCUAGGUUACGAAGAUCCGGCACCUCGGGCAUGGUUCAAGCGACUGCAUGAUUUUCUGUGCUCUGCGGGGUUCAUGGCUUCUAAAACUGAUGUGUCUCUCUUCUAUCAUACAGCCGGUGAAUCCAAGGUCUUCUUACUAGUCUAUGUUGAUGACAUAAUAAUAUUGGGUAAUGAUGCUCUUCUGCUUGACAAAUUACUAGCUCGUCUCUCCGGAACAUUUAAAAUCAGAGACUUAGGUGCUCCAGGCUUCUUUUUAGGUAUUGAGACCGUUUCUGACUCGCAAGGGCUAAUACUAUCUCAACGCCGUUAUAUGAAUGACAUUCUGUCCCGAGCAGUGAUGCUGGAGUGCAAAGCACUGGCCACUCUUGCUGCCACCACUCAACCGGUUACUCCAACAGAUGAAGUUUUUGACAAUCUUACUCAAUACCGCCGCAUUGUUGGUGCACUUCAGUAUCUCACUAUCACUAGGCCAGAUCUGUCCUACGCGGUUAACAGACUCUGUCAGUUUAUGCACUCUCCGACUGCAGAACACUGGUGUCUUCUUAAGCGAGUCCUUCGUUAUGUCAAAGGCACUCAGCUUUAUGGUCUUCGUCUACACAGUUGCAUGCUUACUUUGACACAGAUUGGGCAGGAUGUCCCGUCGACAGAAAAUUAA